CAGGCAUUGCGGCAGACUAGUCAUAAUGUUCGGUGAUCCUUUCCAGUACACUUCAAGCAAAAUAUUGCUUACCCAAUUGGAGAAUGUACAGGAUACCUUCCAGAUAAAGGAAAGAGAUUUCCUUACAUUUGAUGCCUUAAGGCAAGCUGCUCAAUGUGUGGGCCGAGUUAUCCGGUCAAAGGCUGAUUAUGGAAUGAUGAUUUUUACUGACAAAAGGUAUGGUGGUCAUGACAAGCACUCAAAAUUGCCUAGUUGCAUACUGUCAUAUUUACGAGAUGCACACUUGAAUUUGAGCACCAAUAUGGUGGUUCAUAUGGCAAGAGAGCUUCGCAGUCCAACACUGUUGAAGUCCUCAACUGCUUCUACACCUGCAAAAUCCCGAGGUUGUUUCCUCGGGGAAAACACUCUGACGCUCAAGUCAGCAAUACUCAGUGUUCUAGAGAGAGAGGCUCUCAAGGAGUAAUUGCAGAGAGAGAAGCAUAGAGAUUAAUCACCUUCAUCGGAGGUAGUUGGGGGGUAUUUAUAGCCCCUUGGUGCUGACAUACAUC